CUUCGUUGAGGAGGGCAAGACGUCGAUCGUUCAAUCGAUAAAAAUUGUGUACGUGCGCCGAAUAUGUGUGUCGCGGGCGCGUGUGUGUGUAUCUGGCUCUCGCGGGCUUUCGUCCCGAUCUUAGCCGAGUUCCCAACCGUCACAAAAGUCCAUGAAAUUUUUCGUCUCUCUGUAUCAUUAAAAUAUUAUAUAACCGACAGUUUCGUGCCCGAUCCGAUCAGUCGUGUUCCAGCAACCACCAGCUUUUCAUAAUAUAACCAGUGCACAAACUGCUAUAUCAGUACACGUCCUCAAUAUAACUCGUUCCACAACGAGGUGAAGAACAAAAAAGGACGGACGAGAACACUCGGUCGUUGAUCAAUUCCAAGACGUUUCGCGUUCCAUCUGUACCCAUUACUUUUUUUUGAGAUCUCCGAUCUUUGUUUAUAUUGAUUCUUGACGAAAAUACAUAUUUUGUACACAAUGAAUUCGUUGAGGUCGAAAAUUGGCAAGAUUUCACGUAAAAUGAUAAUUAAUGCGAAUAGAGAGCUGCACGUUUCGACGGCCGGAUUGCAAGCUCACAACCCUAGACCUUUGACCCAAUUCACCGACGACGAGACCAUGAUGAAGGAAACUGUGGCGAAACUGGCAAAGGAACAAAUAGCACCACUGGUUAAAAAAAUGGAGAAAGAAGGAAAAAUCGACGAUACCGUACUGAAAAUGCUAUUCGACAAUGGGUUAAUGGGGACCGAAAUUCCCGCAGAUUAUGGCGGUACGGGCAGUAAUUUCAUGACGACAAUUUUGGUAGUCGAAGAAAUAGCGAAAGUCGAUGGUGCGGUCGCUGCCCUCGUCGACAUUCACAACACCCUCGUUAAUUCGUUCAUCAUAAAAAUAGGAAAUGAGGAACAGAAAGCGAAGUUUUUACCAAAACUUGCUGGAAAUUAUGCCGGAAGUUUUUGCCUAACCGAACCAGGCGCGGGCUCGGAUGCUUUUUCGUUGAAAACUGUAGCGAAAAAAGACGGCUCGGAUUAUGUGAUAAACGGGACUAAAAUGUGGAUUUCGAAUUCUGAUAUCGCUGGCGUAUUUUUAGUGUUCGCCAACGCAAAUCCAUCGGCGGGUUAUCGAGGGAUUUCAACAUUUUUCGUUGAAAGGGACACACCAGGACUGACCGUGGCCAAACCUGAAGACAAACUAGGAAUUAAGGCAUCUGGAACAUGCAUGGUUAAUUUUGAUAAUGUUAGGGUUCCAGAGUCUAAUCUACUCGGAGAAUUUGGUCACGGAUAUAAAUAUGCAGCUGGAUUUUUGAACGAAGGAAGAGUCGGCAUAGGCGCACAAAUGAUUGGAAUGGCCCAGGGUGCUCUUGACGCAACCAUUCCUUAUACUCUGGAGCGCAAACAAUUUGGAAAAGACAUUUUUUCUUUCCAGUCCAUGCAACAUCAAAUUGCUCAAGUUGUCACUGACCUCGAAUGCGCAAGAUUGCUUGUUUACAAUGCAGCUAGGAUGGUUGAGGCAAAGCAGGACUUUUUGCAAGCUGCUGCAAUGGCAAAACUUGUUGCAUCGGAAACGGCUCUCAAGGUAACAGCAAAAUGCAUAGACUUCAUGGGAGGAGUCGGGUUUACAACAGAUUUUCCCCAGGAGAAAUUUUUCCGAGACUGCAAAAUUGGAACGAUUUAUGAAGGAACGAGUAACAUGCAAUUGUCAACGAUAGCCAAAUGUAUUAGGAAGGAGUACUCGCCGUGAUGUCAAUAAUUCACAGCUCUAACGAAUCUUCCACUCAUUCCAACAAAUCACUUUUAUUCAUUGAAUAUAAUUUUAAUAUUUUUUUAGUAACCAAUUGAUUAUACAAUUUGAGUAAAUACACGUACGCCCGAGAGGUGUGAACUAUUCUUA